UUAUAACAAAAAGAAACCCCAAAACGGCGUCGUUGGAAAAGAAAGAAAAACCCUAAACCUAAACCCUGAGAUCUUCUCUGCACUUCCAUCUCUGUAGUUUGAGUCUGAGAAAUUGAGUUGAGAUUAGGUUAGGCUAAUCCAUCUGAGCAACCAUGUUGCGUAGAAAUAUUCGGUUGAGGAGGGAGUACUUGUACAGAAAAAGCUUAGAAGGCAAAGCUCGAAUCCUCUACGAAAAGAAGCUCAAAAUCAAAGAAAUCAAAGAAGAGGGAAAACAAGUUCCCACUGAGCUUAGGAACGAAGAGGCUGCCCUUCGUCAUGAAAUUGAUCUUGAGGACGAAAGUACUGCUGUUCCAAGGAGUCAUAUAGAUGAUGAGUACGCCAAUUCAGCAGAAAAGGAUCCUAGAAUUAUGAUAACUACAUCCAGGAACCCAAGUGCUCCAUUAAAACAGUUUGCACAGGAGUUAAGUCUUGUGUUCCCUAAUUCAUUACGAACAAAUCGUGGUGGUCAGGUUAUUUCUGAAAUGAUUGAAUCCUGUCGUCGUAGGGAUUUCACAGAUGUUAUAUUGGUCCAUGAGCAUCGUGGAGUGCCAGAUGGCUUAAUUAUAAGUCAUCUGCCUUACGGGCCAACUGCUUAUUUCCAAUUACUCAAUGUGGUUACAAGACAUGACAUUAAGGACAAGAAAACCAUGGGAACAAUGCCUCAAGCUUAUCCUCAUUUGAUUCUUAACAAUUUCACAUCUAAGGUCGGUGAAAGGGCAGCGAAUAUUUUGAAGCAUCUCUUUCCUUCUCCAAAGCCUGAAACGAAACGCAUAAUUACUUUCGCUAAUGAGUCUGACUAUAUUUCGUUUAGGCAUCAUAUAUAUGAGAGGCAGGCAGGUCCAAAGUCUGUUGAGCUCAAAGAGAUCGGUCCUCGGUUUGAGUUGCGGCUUUUCCAGAUAAAGUUAGGAACAGUUGAUCAAAGUGAAGCAGAGAUUGAAUGGGUUAUUAGACCUUAUAUGAAUACAUCAAAGAAGAGGAAGUUCCUUGGGGAUUAAUUAAGACUAACUGCAUCGAAUUUACUCUCAGAUCAUAUUUUUGUUUUGUUCAAAUUUCCUCAAAUGUAUUCUUUUACAUAAUCAACAUGUUAUGAUGUUUUCCUAUGCCAUUCUAUAAUGUAGAAAUUUUGAUAGUAAGAUCUUAAUAUUGAGCUUUGUUUUGCAUACCACAAAUAUCCAUCUUAUUAAUGAAUCCCAAGUCUGAUUUUGACCA